UACCGAUUUCUGUCAUGGGAAUAGCCGUGCCUGUUGCUGUCAUAGCGUGCCAGCUCGAGCAGUGCGCUCCCGGAGGAAAACCUCUCUCUCAUCAUUCAGAGGAAGCGAAAGGAGAUUGCACACAUUCCAAACCUAUUCCGAUUGAAGAUUGAUGUGGAUAAGGAAGUAAACCGCCAUUUUUGUUGUCGUCUUCAGUCAGGGGAAGUUACUUUAGGACAUCAGACAAUGUAGUGAUUUGCUCUCAUCACUUUAUUUCACCCAACCGGAGGGAGCAGGACAACCUGCAACUCUGAAGAAAUGAUGCUCAACUUUCCCCUCCGAUCAUUGCUCCCUGUCGUCGCAGUGGCUGUGCUUACAGCUAUUAAAGUUGCUGAAAGUCAGAAGGCUGCUGUGGACAUCGACACGUCCUCCACACCGUCACCAGUUUACCCCAGUGUCAACUUCAAGGUUCUCAAUGUGGAUCAUGUGUUUCUGAGGCGGGACAGUCCAACCCCAGCACGGAACUCUAGCCAAAAGGCUCAGACUUUUCUCAUCACAGGUAGAGGCGCAGGGCUCCUCCAGCCAGCUGUCAACGCCUCAUUCGGCCCCCUGACUGUCGAUGCCCCCGUUCCUCCAGACUUUCUGCUGAGUGGGCGCACCAUCCUUCCAUUCAUUUUGGUCCGCCAGGUUCGAUCAUCAUCCCCUGUCGUCAAGAUCCUCUUCCACAUGCCCAUAGGCAGUGACAUCACUGUUGGGCAAGAAAGGAUGGGGUCAGGAGAGGAUAAUGUCAGUAAAAGCGCAAGAGCCAAAACAAAGGAUGGAGGUCACUGUGUGACGGCCUACGCCUUUUGGGAGACGAAGGAGGUUCGUGGGGCAUGUCUGGUAUCUCCCAGUGGGUUCUGUGUGGCGCAGCUGAAGCCAGAACCCACCUGGUUUGGCUCAGGCAGCCGGUCAGGAAGCUCCAGCAGGGAAGCAGGAAAAACAGAAGGAGUAAAGGGGCUUCAGGGGAACGUUGUGGAUGUCUACUUUCAGAGUCGGAGGGAUCCGACAGGCCAGUGUGCCCCGCAGGAUAGCUUGCAACGGGUCAGAGGUGGAAGAGGAGGAGGCUCUGGGGGUGCCGGGACACCGAUGAGGCGCAUAGGAAGUGUCAAUCUCCUCAAAACUCCACCAGGGAACCCCACCUUUUUUCGACUGAGGCUAGGAGGCGCCGUGGUGGUCCAGACUUCUUCCAAGCCCCUAAAGGCCACGGACGUUGCAACUUUCUAUGUGUUCCUGCCUAGCACAUCUUCCCUGGAAACCUUCACACUCAGGACAACAGUGAAAUCGGGCCUGUCAUUCAGUGCGGCGCGGCCCAGUGACUCAGCACUUUGGGACAUCAUAGUGGAGCCUGGCAGAGGAGCGACUCCAAACACUGUCUCCGUUGUCUGCCAGAGGAAAGUUGCUGUUACCGCAAGGAGGGGUCUUCUGGAAGUUUUGCAACUGGACUUUGUGCCAAAAGAUGUUUCAGAGCAGGCAGAGAGUCAGACCAUCUCUUGGCGUCUUGAGAUGCCAGGAAACGUAAAGGAUGUGGGCAUAAUGCGCAUCUUCACAACCCAGAGAGACUUUGUGGGGCUGGCACCUCUGGUCAUGAAAACUGAUAUCUUGAAUACUGCUAAGCUGAUGGGUGUAACGGUGUCUGUACCUGUGAAAACUCUGGCAGUUGAGGCUGAUGGCUCCGUCACAGAUGUGACAAACUUCACCAGAUGUAGGUCUACAGAGGAGGAGGUACUCAAGGUGUCAGAGCGAUGUGAUUACGUUUAUGUAAAUGGAAAUGAGACACGAGGGAAGAGCAGGGUAGUACUGGACUUUACCUACAGUUUCUUGAGUGCCCAGCUGGAGAUGAGUGUAUGGAUUCCCCGCCUGCCUUUGCUCAUCGAUGUGGCAGACCCAGAGCUCAGCCAGAUCAAAGGUUGGAGAGUCCCUGUUACCUCUGGCAACAGGAGGUCGACGUGGGACAGCGAGGAAGAGGAAGACAUGAGGAAAGGCAGGGGUUGCAUGCUGCAGUACCAGCACUCUAAGCUCACAGUACUAACACCAUUUAUAGCCCAGGCUGACGCUGACAUGCCGCCUGACCCGCUAACUGGAGCGGAACCUGUGGAGUACUUCAUGGGUCCUAACUGGCAGGUGGAUGUGACCAAUCUUGUGCGCUCAUUUCUAAAAGUGUCAGAUCCUGAUGUAGCCAGGGUGCAGAAUGGGGUGGUCCUCCAAGGACGGACUGUGGGCACUACUACUGUACAGGUGCUGUCCCCUCUGACCUCGUUGGUGCUGGCUGAGAGGAGCAUCAGUGUGGUGGAUGAUAAAGUGAGUGUGACGGAGUUGGGGGUGCAGUUGGUUUCUGGACUCUCGCUUUCCCUGCAGCUCAGCCCAGGGAGCUAUGGGGCCAUCGUCGCCACGGCAACCACACGGGAGAUGAUCACACAGCUCGAACAGGAAGCAGUGGUUAGAUGUUGGGUUCAGUUCAGCGAUGGUGCAGUCACACCACUGGAGCUGUUUGACCGGAGUAUCUACUCUCUGACUGUCUCUACCCCAGAUGAGAAGGUUGCCACGGUACGCCGCACCCAUCAGUCCACAUUCUUAGUAGCGCAAGGUGAAGGUAAAAGCCAGGGGGCGCUAGUGAGAGUGGAGCUGAGGAUCUGCGAGGAAUGCCAGAAGUCCAAGAGGAAGGGCAAGUUGGCGGUGGGCACGGGUCUACUCAGGAUCAACCUCCAGAGUAACAUCAGAGUCAGAGGAGAAGGGGGUGGUGGCAAUGAGAGAUUGAAAGAUCUUGAUGGUGGUGCAUUGGAAUUGGUAGGUGAUCCCAAAACAACCAAGCGUGUGGUCGCAGACGUGGAUAACUGGUUAUACAGAAGCACACCCCCUGCCCAGAAAGAGUCCACCACAACAGAAACCACCACCUCAACCACAGUUUCAACAAGAGCUAUGGUGCGACCUGUCUUGAGGGUUAGAACCACAACCAGAGCUACAAGAGGUACCACAACCACUGCCAUUCCCACAACAACGGCAACUACAACUAGCAGCACAAUGAUUUUAAAUAGAUUGCUGAGCACUGCCAUAACCCUAGAUACAACAGUGGGGUUAGUAAGCAAAGGCGAAGAGCAGAAAAGAAGCUUUGGAAAUAUGAUUGACAACCCCAAUUCAACCCCUAACAAAGACAUCCCCAAAGCAAAAGUGACGCCAAACAAGCAGCCACCCCAAUCUCAAACUCCGAAGGUUAUUGAGAGUGACCUCAUUAAGACAUUCAGAGCCUUGUCGGAGAUUGAAAUUGGCAUGUAUGCCUUGGUGGGGCUGGCCUGUGUAGCUAUCUUGGCCUUUUUGGUCAACUGUGUUUCGUAUAACCUUUGUUUCCGGAAUAAAAAGACUGCAAUACAGGCAGGCCCGGCACCCAUUGGGGACCCAAAGGAUCACAAGCAUGACUGGGUGUGGCUGGGCAGUGGCAACGAUGGCCAACCCCCCCCAGGUAUCCCCGCUCAAGUGUCCACACUAAAACGCGACGCUCACCGCUCUCUGGAGUCCCGUCACUCAGUAGACUCCAUCGGCCCCCAUGGCCUUGAGGUCGCCCUGCCCACCGUGAGCGCCCCCGCCGUCCCCGAAAGAACUGCCACUCUGGGCCGCAGCAGGAACACCUCCCAGCAGCAGCAUUUUCAGGGAAUGGUAAUUGACCCAAUGGCGAACCGUUCAGCCACCUUGCUGGCCAGGCCACACCGUAGCGAGCCACUUCAUUCCCCCACCAGUAAGCGGAACCAGGUCCAGUUCACCACCUUCACCACGCUGGACGUCAAGCACUUGGCUGCACUGAAGAAGAAUGGUGUGGACUUAAACUGGGCUAACCAGCAGGCCCUGCAGCUACAGCAGGCCCAUGCUGAGCCCCAGUCACCUUUACCUGACAUGCCGUGGCCUGUGGUCAAACCUAUAGGAGAGCCCCAAUGAGUUUCUCUGGUGUUUUUAUGUGUGUGUAUGAGUGUGAAACAAGAAGAAAUAAUACUAUUCAUACACAGCAAGUUCUGUUGUAGAAUGUUUUAAAGAAAAAAGAAGCUGGCUCUUGCUUUGAUAAAAGAUAAGUCCCUUUAAAGGAUGUAUUUAUUGAGAUUAGAUGGAGGACAUUUUAUAUGAAACUACAUGCUGAGGGAAAUCCUCUUAAUACAGUGUGCAAUGGUGAACCCAUGAAGAAAAUGCAACAUUCUUGUAUAUGUAAAUCGAUGCGCUAUGCAAAUCUGAUGUUGUAAAUAUAUCUAUACUAUUUCUUAUUUCUACUUUUCUAACUCAUAACAAAUGUAUUUUAAUCUCCUACUACUUUAGUACAAUUCUGUUGCCGCUAGAAGCAGCUCCAGAUAUGGCAAUUUGUUGGGGUGAAUGCAGUAAGGGAGGGAUUAUUUCUUGUAAUUCUAUUCUUUUCCAGCCUUUGUACUUUUUUUGCAGAUUCCUCAGGGGAAUACCUGAAGAGUUUGUGCAAUUUGUCAGAGAAUAUGCACCGUUUGUCAAGUUAUUUUGAGAAAUAUGCACAGGACUCUUCACUGGAUAUUUAUUCAAAUCCAAUGCAUGCUAUGCAAAUAUAGUCCAUGCAGAGUUUAAAUUGGACAUUGUUUCAGAUUUAGUUUCUCCUGGGGGUUGCUUUUACAAUUUGUAAAAAUCUCUAAUCUUUGUGACUCGACACAGAGCAAUACAUAUGCAACUGUGAGAUUGUUCAUGUGAAUGAAAAUGACGAUGCCUUUUUCCAUAUGUAACAUCCUCUUAUUUUUAAACCAAAAUGUGAUGUAUAUUUCCUAUGAGAUCCUAUCAAUAAAGAACAAAAGGUUA